AUGUUUCGCAUGUCCAAGACCCUCGAUGUCAUCACCCUGUUCCACAAGCCCUCCGUCCCCGCGAGCGUGCGGGCGCAGACGCUCCUGAAACAGGCCUCGGCGCAGGCGGCCCAGACUGCGACCGAAGACCAGGCCUCGGACCACUCGCACCAGAACGCCACGGUGACCCGGGAUCCCUUCGAGCUCGAGAUCACCGAGCAGCCGCCCACGCCCGAUCAGCUGAAGAGCAUCUUCGAGUACGUCGGCUCUGGCCGCGCCGGGGACCUGGUCAAGGGCGCCGCCAGCGAGAGCGAUGCUCUGAGGAAAGUAAAGCAGGACGGGAGCCUGUUCACACGCCCCGUCGUCGUGGAUUGGAGUUCCGGAAAGGCCGUCAUUGGGGACCACGACAGUGAGAUCUUGAAGUUGUUGAAGGCCCAGCAGAAGUGA